AUGUUACAGUUCUUACCUGCAGGUCCAAAGCUUCUCCUGACUAAACACUUGUGCAAUUGUUCCAGUGCUGUGAUUCAGCUUACAAAGGGCUACUGGCAGCAUCAUAUUGAGCCAAGCAUCCAUAGGUUCAACACCUCCAUGGUCCAUCACAGCUACUAUAAGGAGGACCUGGAAAAGAAUUUACAAUUUUCAGUGGAAAAUAAGAGAUGGUCACUGGCUAUGAGGACCAUGUACUUUAGAUCUGGAUUUGUCAUGCCCUUCUUUAUAGUAAGGCACCAGCUACUUAAGAAAUAA